AGUGCGCUUCGACAAAACCCUAACCCAUCGUCGUCUUCUUCUUCUUGAUUCUUCAUCUCCUUUCAAGAGUCAACACUUGAAGAUCGCGCCCCUGCAAAUGGCCGAUUCUCCACCAAGAAGGAAUUCAAGGUCCCCUUCUCCGUGGAGAGCUCAAUCGAGGUCAAGAUCCAGGUCAAGGUCUAGAUCUAGGCCUAGGUCUAGAUCACGGUCAAGAUCUCUGGAAAAGCAAAGGCUAAGAUCCCGUUCGAGGAGUCGUGGCAGAUCAAGAUCAAGAAGUAAUGAAAGGCCUGAGGCGAAAAACACUGGGACUACACUUUAUGUGACUGGCCUAUCUUCAAGAGUCACGGAGAGAGAGCUAGAGCAGCAUUUCUCUAAGGAGGGAAAAGUUGCUUCGUGUUUUCUUGUGGUGGAGCCUCGCACGCGGAUUUCUCGUGGCUUUGCAUUUAUUACAAUGGAUUCUGUUGAGGAUGCAAACCGCUGCAUCAAAUAUCUCAAUCAAUCAGUUUUAGAGGGUCGCUAUAUCACUGUUGAGCGGAAUACAUUGCAUCAGCUAUUUUGGCACGCAAUCAAAGAUGAUCAGUUCAUCCAUGUCAACUUUAGUGAUACAGUUUGAUCAAUGGCAAGCUUAAACAGCUAAUCCAAUGCGUCUGAUCAACUAAACAUAGCAACUAUAUUGUCCAACAACUUUACAACAUCAGCAUUCACUUUCAACUCAACUAAUCAACGGACAUUAUCAACAACUUUCUAAUCAGGCUUUUAUGUCACGAAGAAAGCGGCCAAGAACUCCUACACCUGGACAUUACCUUGGGUUGAAAAGUACUAGAGACUAUGGAUAUCGUGGUGACCGUGGAAGGUAUCGAGGUGGUUCUGGUCGUGAUGAUUAUUCAUAUCGUAGGUCUCCAAGGCGCUCACCAUAUCGAGGUGGUAGAGAUUAUUCACCGAAGCACUCACCCUAUGGUGGAAGAUCUAAGAGGGACAGGUCCAGGUCACUACCUUAUUCUCCCUAUGGCAGCCCAGAUAGGAGUUUAUUCGCUGUAGUGUUACUUCAUCAACACUCAGGGUAGAGGUGUCGGAUUCUGCCAUUCUCGCCAUAGAAAAUGCAAAAAUUCUUCAGCCAUUGCUAUCCACCUCCCUGAAACCAGCAUUGCUACGAACCACGAGCCAGCCACAGAACUUCCAAUCAAUCUGCACUAAAACGCCCCUCCUUGAAAUCAAUCUGCACCAAUUAUGGGAUAUAGAGCGCCGGUAAUAGAAGAUGAAAAUGAAUGCUCUUUCCAUUUUAGUUUUUGACAUAAGAAGUUGAGCAAUAUUAAAGGAUUUAACUUUCUAAAAUAAACUACACCAAAGGACCUCUUGGUAAUAUUUAAAUUCAUUAAUGAUGUAUUUAUUGAAUAAGAAACAUAACUCUGUUAUUAGCUCACUUAUGAAGGGUAUCACCACCCUCUAAAGUGUUAAGGUAACUUCGGAAGCACCUAAAAACAUUGUAUGGGCUAUUUUAUAUAUCACGUGAAAGUUAGAAAAUAUAGUAACUUUUUCCAUAUACUUUGAUAGACGAAAACUAGAUAAACAAAACACAGAGCCCGGAAAAGAAAUAGGGUAUCACGGUCUAAAGGAAUUGUUGAUGAUGGUUCACACUAGAAGCAGCGUUCAGUGCUUUGGAGUCAAAUAGGAUAAAAAUGAGUUCUAAGUAAUGGUUAGACUAUGCAAUGAAUUUUCAAAAUUUUAUUGUUGUUUAUUUUGCCUAGUUAACGAGAUUAUGAUCCUGGGCUGGGCUUUGGUAAUCAACACAUACACUAUUCAUUUAAAAAGAAAAAGAGAAACCAAAAGUAUUGAAUGUUAUGAAACAAAAGCCCAAGCUGGGGUAGAGCAUUUGCUGUGGCACCCUGGAAGUGGAAACCACCAUGUUCCAUUUUUCUACCGUUGCACUGAAUCCUCAACCUCAUAAUUUCCUCCCAAUUUCCCCUUCCGCUUCCACUUCGCGCAAACUCAACCUUCUACAAACUAUCCAAUUCCCCAGAAACUGGAAUCUCCACUCUCUCUCUCCAUCGUUUCAUCCAAUAGACCAUUAUGACGAUUCCGAAGACCACGUCAUCGGCGACUGCGUCGUCUUCGAAGAAGGCGUUUUCGAAGACCCCAUUUUCCACAACGAUCCCCCCAAUUCUGAUACUCUCACCAUUAACAAACCGAAACCCAGUUCCAAGAAAAAGUUGGAUAAUGUGAUUGUGGCUGAGAAUUUGGUUCCAAAUAAGUGGCGAGAAGUUCAGGCAGAGAUUAACAUCACGAAGAAGGAGAUGCGCAAGAUAGCUCAGGAAAUGGAGUUCAACAGCAAGAUUGAGAAGAAGAGAAGAGGGCCGGUUCCUCUUAAGGAUAUGAACUUGGAUGAGUACGACACUUACAAAGAGGCUAAAUUGACACAGAUGAAAGUUCUCGACAACGGAUAUAGUUUUCCGGUGAAAAAAGAGGUUCCAGAAGCUGAAUUGAAUGAUGGUGAACGCGUAGUGCCCAAGAAUCCUAGGUGGGAUGUUUACGGGAGGGGAUUUGAGGAUGUCACUGAGUUUUUCAACAGUGGGAACUACGACCCUAAUGCUAAGACUUCUCAAGGUAAACGGAAACUGUUUACUAAGGAGGAGAAGGCUUUGUUGAAUAAGGGAAUGCCAGACUUGGCAGCUGCUACUUCAGAUAAAUGGCUUCCUCUGCAUACUCUUGCUGCUUGUGGAGAAUUUUAUAUUUUAGAUUCACUGUUGAAGUAUAAUGUUGAUAUCAAUGCUGUGGAUAAGGAUGGUUUGACUGCCCUUCACAAAGCAAUAAUUGGAAAAAAACAGGCCAUAACCAAUUAUCUCCUGAGAAACUCAGCUAACCCCUUUGUGCAGGAUAAAGAGGGCGCCACCUUGAUGCACUAUGCAGUACAAACAGCUUCUAUCCAGACAGUUAAAAUACUUUUAUUGUAUAAUGUGGAUAUAAAUCUCCAAGACAAUGAUGGCUGGACACCAUUACAUCUUGCUGCUCAAGCUCGGAGAUCAGAUAUAGUGAGGCUUCUGCUGAUUAAAGGUGCUGAUAAGACAUUAAAAAACAAGGAUGGUUUAACUCCUCUUGACCUUUGCCUUUACUCUGGUCAAAGUGCUAGAACAUAUGAGCUGAUCAAGUUGUUUAAGCAGCCUCAGAGACGUAGUAGAUAUGUAUCAGCAUGAUAGAUGAGGAUAAGAGACAAUACAACUACUGUAAUAUUUGGACCAGCAAGUGAAGAUUAGCCAUUGCCAAUUUUUGCAUGACAUUUAGCAUCCUUCACAUAUGGAAAUUUUAGGACAACCACGGUAUCGUACUAUAUUAAAAAUGUAUUUAAAUAUGAUAGAAAAAUAGAAAUAUUUUCAUGAAAAAGAAAGAAAGAUUAUUGUCCAACUUGAAAAAAAAAAAACUUAUUCAAGGAAAAAGCUACAUUUGAAAAAAGGAGCUGCUAAAUUGUUUGACUUCAAAUAUUAAAACUCAGCGAAGCUUGAUUCACAUAAUUAUACUAGAUCAAAGACAUGAGGAAAUUUUAAUAGAAAAAUACUUUGAAGAUGAACCUAUUUCUAUACAAUAGUAAAAAGUUAUUGAUGGCAUCGUGCUUGAACAAUCUGUUCCACUUAGUGUCAAAGAAUUAUUACUAUCGUAUGACAUUUAUGUUCACUGUUGUAACAAAUAAAGCAUGCAUGUUCUAAAAUGGACAUUUAUAAAACUGUAACAACUAAUCCUAGCAUUGGUUGAUAGGGCAAUAAGUCUAAUUCUAAAUAAAAUUUUCACUGCCAUAAAAUGUUAAUGAACAGAUAAAACUUUGUGCGCGAUGAUUUUAUCAUUUUAAAUCUUAAUUGCUUCUCCUGGGUUUUAGGAAUUUUUUAAGUUCAAAUAACUUUAUAUGUUUAGGAAAUAGUGCACUGAUAAUCAUAGCUAGAAAGAAAAAUAAUUUGUCAAAGGUUUAAAUUUCAAGCAAGUAAACUUCUUAAAUUUCAGAGAUAAUUAUUAAAACUAAAUUAUAAAAAUAGUGGGGAUAAUUUAGAAUUUAAUUUAUAAUUUUGUUGUGAUUUUACUUAAAUAAAAAUAAUUAGUUUGCACCUGUAAUUUCCCUGUAAUUAGUUCAACACCUUCUGAUCUAACGUUUAUUACUCAUUCCAACCUAGCAAUUUCUUAGUGCUAGCAGU